UAUUUUAACACUACGACGUCAACUACCCGGAAAUGUCAGCUAUAUUUUAUUUUUAUGCGAAACGGAAUGUGUUUUUAUUAAAAGAUUUAACAUUUACCAGCUCCCAUUCAUGCUUGAUGAUUUCUUUGCACUGUUCGUCUAACUGAGUUCAGUUGACAAUCAGAUCUUUGAGAUGGAUCAAGUGUAAAUUGGAAGAAAUCUUCACAAAAACUUUACUUCAUGAAACAGUCAAUGAUCCCACCGGUCUACCGCUUCACCAGCAAUAAUAAUGAGGGAAUUUUUAAUGACUUUCUUCAGUACAUGGACCCUGCUGCUGUUGCAUGUAUGUUUUCAUUUUGUGUCCGUCCAAGCUGAUGUACUCCGGCUCCCUCUUCACACCUCCCGCCAUCAGGUCAAUGAUGAGGUCAGGUCAAAGGGCAUAGGUGACAUUUAUGACACACCAAGAGACAACCUAAAGGGUAAACCUGGGUUAGGUUUCUACGUUGAAAUUGAACUGGGGACCCCAAAACAGAAGCUGAAUGUCUUAGUGGAUACAGGCAGCAGUAAUUUCGCCGUAGCUGCCUCUCCUAAUAUCAUGAUCAGCAAAUAUUUCCACAAAGAGAUGUCGUCGACAUACCAUGACCUCAACAGGGAGGUGUAUGUCCCGUACACACAGGGAGAGUGGAGGGGUGAGCUUGGGGAAGAUUUAGUCUCGAUACCCGUAUCGCAUCCUAACGUCUCCACCAAGGUUAACGUGGCGAGUAUAACGUACUCGGAGGAAUUCUUCAUCAACGAGUCUAACUGGCAGGGGAUCCUGGGACUUGCGUACGCCGAAAUAGCAAGGCCAGACAGUACAGUUCUGCCGUUCUUUGAUUCCCUCGUCCAGCAAUCUGGCAUUGCGGACAUAUUUUCACUACAACUCUGCGGACUCCCAAACACAACAGGAAACGCAUCCAAGACGAAUGUGACCGGAACCAUGACCAUUGGUGGACUAGACAAGGGACUGUACAAAGGUGAGAUGUGGUUCACGCCGAUCCGUAACAACUGGUACUAUGAGGUCAUUAUUCUGGACAUAGAGGUCAAUGGGAGGUCACUUAACAUGGAUUGUAAAGAGUACAAUUUUGACAAGACUAUUGUUGACAGUGGGACGACCAAUCUGAGGCUACCCACAAGAGUGUUUGAAGCUUUGAAACUUGUCAUCAAUGAGACGGUCAACAAGCUAAUAGAUGAACCGAUCCCGGAAAAUUUCUGGACGGGGGAUGAACUGAUUUGUCAUAAGCACUCCACUGAGCCCUGGGUCUGGUUUCCUAGCCUGGCGAUCAUCCUCAACUCCACAACUCCUAAUACAGCAUUCAGGUUAAAGAUAUCAUCACGGCAAUACCUUCGUCUUGUGGACUCUGACAAGAAUGGUGAACACUGCUACAAGUAUGGCAUCUCUUCCUCCACUACAGGGAGCGUGAUUGGUGCUGUUGUCCUGGAAGGCUUCUAUGUUGUUUUUGAUCGUGCCAACCAAUCCGUCGGGUUCGCCAAAUCAUCUUGUGCCUAUGAAUUUGAAAUUGGAUUGGUAUCUCCAGGGGUCGAGGGACCGAUAGCCACAGUUGUUAGAGACUGCGGCUACAUAGCGCCCCCGACCGACAAUCUCGCCGUGACGAUAGCCGCGUACGUGAUGGCAGGCCUCUGCGUGGUCUGUCUCAUUCCAUUGUUCCUGAUGUACGUGCACAAUAAAUGGAUCAGCUGCCGCAGGAAACCCUGCGAGAACGAUGACAGUGAAUUACUGGAGGAGAGAACGGAUUCCACGGAAACGGACGCAUUGAAGGACGAGCAACCACAGGAAGGUCAAAGUCAACCGGGUUGAAAGGUCAAAGUUCAUACCUGAGAGAAGGUUUAUGGAAUAAAUCAAUGGGAGACUUUUGGACGGUCCUUUUUCACAGUUCUCGCCAGUAGUGCAUGUGCUCAGGCAUACGUGCCUAAUACUAAGCAUGUGCUUGCAGAGCUGCAUAAAGGCCGGUUUAUAGUCGGUCGCGCGACGGUCGCGCGAUGGAAAUCUUGCGCGCAAUCCUAAGACUGAAGCCUAAAAACCGUGUCUUUUUAUGAUCGCGCGUCAAGGUUUCCAUCGCCUGACCAUCGCUCGACCGACUAUAACUCGGCCUUAAAAUAAAAGGACUGUUAUGUCUCGCAAUGAGACAAUGGUAGUAACUAGGAAAUACUGGGGGUUGCUGGGCUGUGGGGGGGGGGGGGGGGGCACAGCAACACAUUUCUCCCAUGAGUACAGAGCCACGUGAAAUCCUGUCAUAUUUGUAGGGAAGCGUGGCAGUAUACGAGCAUCUUCAUUGGGUGAUUGAAGUGUUUUGUAGAUUGGUGGAGCAUACAAUUCUUGGACAUUCUUUGAUAAUAGUAAGAGAUGUUCUUGUGAGACAGUACUGGGAAAAAAAGAGUACUGACUAUGGAAAUGUCCCAACUGUAGUUGGGGCCCCAGCCCAAUUAUGUUUGGGUAGAUCACAACUAUAUUUGGGCUGAUCCUAACCAUAGUGGGGCUGAAUCAACAGUUGGGGCAAAACAGGGGAAUUGUAAUAAUUCACUUAAAAAAUGAUUAGAGACAUCUCUUCAAUUUAAAGGUACUGUUUGAUGUAUCAUUUUGUAUCACAUGUUUAAGACAGUAGUAAUAACGGGGGUCAUCAUGCUGCAACUGGGAAUAACCUUUAACCCUUGACCUCACUCCUUAGUAUGUGUAGUAAACAGUUUUGGACAAAGUAGUUCAUCUAUUUAAAUAAAAAUAUUAAGCAGAGUAUGUCAACAUUGUUGUGUCGCUAAGCAAUAUAUUUUUUAUUAAAAACAACAAUUAAUUGUAACAGACAAUUUGCGUCAAUGGAUUAUGUCACCAGUAAUUACAAUCUAAAAAUUUCUUGCAUAAACACAAAACCCUUGCAUAAGUUUUGGCUACCAAUGCCAAACAAUAUUCACAGACUAAACGGUUGUAGUGUAUGGGCUUUCUUGAAGUUGCUUAUACUGGCUGAAAUCGCUCCUUGAAACCUUGGUCCCCCCACCAGUUUGAAUAAAAAAGGAAUAAGUCCAAAUCGCAUAUAAAAAUAAGUCGUGGUAGGCUUCGGUAGGCAAUCGACAACCAAGCUAUGUAUUUCUGUUUUGUGAUAUUCGUCCAUGAAAUGGAGUGCCAUCCACAGUCCAACAGAAUAAAGAAGAAACAUAGUUUGGGAGUUUGACAGGUUUGGGGGUUUUGGGGGUUCGAGGAUGGCUGUAGAUGGGCUAGUUGGGAAGACAUUGUUAUGUCACCUUUUUUUUUAAGUUGGACUUGUGAAGUCACUGUAAUGUCUGCGUAAAAGCUAAGCUGACGUUGUAUAUAUUAUAAAAGGGUUAUUUAUGUAGGGGGUUAUUUUACAGUGCGUAGCACCGAGUUAUCUUUAUAAUUACAUGUUGUGGACAAAAAAUCAAUGAGUGAUGGUAUUGGGUAAACCUUUGUGAUGAUAGCUGGCAUCCAAUUCAAUUACUCGUCCCUCUCGUUUUCUUGGUACCUUUCAAGUUUUUUUACCUGUAAAA